AUGAGCAGCAGGCGCUACCAGAAGACCAGCGUCAACCUGUUUGCCAUAAGACAAAGCUCAAGGGAGACGCUCCGAGCAUACAUCCAGCGCUUCAACCAGGUGGCCAUGGAUAUUCCGACAGUCACCUUGGAAACUAUGAUGAAUGCGUUCACACAAGGGCUCGCGGACGGCGACUUCUUUUGCUCGCUCAUACGAAACCCGCCCCAUAACUAUGACCACAUGUUGAACAAGGCCAGUGAGUACAUCAACGUAGAGGAAGCCCAGGCAGCCAGAAGAAAAGAAGCGCCACCCGAGCCACCGGCCAUUGCCAAGCGAAGGCCGCCCACCAGCUAUCAACCACCGAGAGGACCCCGUGCGGAAAUAGCACGCCCUCAUCAGGGAGCAAGGUCGCACGUCAUCCAACAUGUGGCAGCCAAUCGGCCCAAGCAAAAAGGGAAGGUAUGGACUCCCAUGUUUUGUUCGCUCCAUCAGUCAACAACCCACAACACGCGCGAUUGUCGGAGCCUCUCCCCGAUCGCUCACCCUACGCCACGAAGCUAUCGCCACAGAUCACCUUCGCCGGGCCGACGACAUCGACACCAAAGCCCCGGUCGGCGGGGUGCCAGAGAGUCACCUGAGCAGCAUCUCCAUCGUCAGCCAAGGGUCAAUCCCCGAGCAUCACAGGAACGGGCAAGGCCUUCCGCUCGGGAGGAGGAGAAUAGAAACAAUGCAGCUCGGGGUGAGAUCAACAUCAUUGCUGGCGGACCUACAUGCGGUCUUUGCAGUCAGGAGCGGGCGAGUGGGCCCGAGAUCAGCUUUGGGCCUAGAGACCUCGAGGGGGUCGAAGUCCCGCACGAUGACGCCCUCAUCAUCCGAGCUGUAAUAGCUAACUACACUAUCCACCGCAUAUUUAAUGAUACAGCUAAGCCAAUUACCGGCGAGCCGCUCCGCGUCUAUUUAUCAUCAACCGAGCAUGCUGUUGGCUCGGCAUUGGUACGGCUGGACGGCGAAGAAUAA